AUGAGGGGUCAUUCGACUUGGUCCUUUGAAGGAGUCAACAUUGAGGUAUGUGUUCAGACUCCACAGCUUUGCCUCUUGCCCCCUGACGUUCCCCUGUGUCCAGAUCUUGCAUCACUUGAACAAACCAUCGUACUUCAUGACGUGUCUGACAUUCUUUCCGAGUUUCAGUCCGCGUGGACGCCGCGAUGGAACAAGUCUAGCCCAGAUGUACAGCCGGACUGGAACAGGCUUGUAAGUUUUGCUCGGGCUUUUUUGCCAAGCGCCCCUUUUCACGCUCAGCCCAUCAGCCUCAAAGACUGGCGAUCCACUAUCGCACGUCUCAAACCCCGCGCUGCUCGGGGCCCAGACGGCAUUGCCAAGGCGGAUCUGGUAGCUAUGCCAGACGAAGCUGUUUUGUGCCUACUUUCCGUGCUCAAUGCCAUCGAAGAAGGGAACCUCAACUGGCCGAAUCAGUGGCUUCAAGGCUUCGUCAUCAGCCUGGCCAAGCCAAACGAGAGGCGAGACGCUGAUGGGUACCGACCCAUUUGCCUCUUUGCCAUCGUCUACAGGGCGUGGUCUUCUCUGCGAGCCAGGCAAUUGCUUCAACAUUUCAAGACAGUGAUGCCGGAAUCUGCGCUCGGAUUCAUCCCUGGCAGAGAGGCUUCCGAAAUGUGGUAUAGACUGGAGAUCAUGAUUGAACUGGCUUGCCAGGGUGACCAACCAUUGUGCGGCUACGGUACGGACAUAGUCAAAUGUUUCAAUGGGCUUCCUAGAACUCCCCUGCUUGAAGUUGCAGCUUUGCUUGGGGUCCCGGACCGUAUUUUGGUUCCUUGGCGGGCUUUUCUUUCAGGUGUUCGCCGUAGGUUCCUCAUCCGAGGUCACGUAGGGCAAGCACUGGCCUCAACAAGCGGCUUUGCAGAAGGCUGCCCGUUGUCACCGUUUGCAAUGUGCGUUGCCAACCUAGUAUACCAUUUGUAUCUCCAUCACUAUGAGCCGCGUGCCUCUGCGGUCAGUUAUGCCGACAACUGGUCACACACAGCAUCCAACAUAGGACAACUGGCUAGCGGCAUCGUGAUGACUCAGUGCGUGGCGGACAUGCUGGAUGUCCAGCUAGAUCCGGCCAAGACUUUUGUGUGGGGUUCACAUGCAUGUGUCAGAAACUCGCUCAAGGCGUUGGGCAUCCCAGUUUUGAGACAGUCUCGAGAACUUGGGGGCAUUUUAUCCUUUGGGAGUGCUACCAGGAAUGCGGCGCUAGUAGAUCGUUGCAAGGCACUAGCUCCGUUAUUCAAGAAGUUGGCCCUUUCACGCAGUCCACUUGCUUUCAAGUUGCAAAUCUUGCCUUCUAAGUUGUGGGCACGUGCCCUCCAUGGUGUCUCGGGGUGCCCACUAGCACUUGCUCACAUUACCAACCUCCGCACACAAGCUGCGCGCGCGCUGCACGUCACGUCAGCUGGGGCCAGUCCAUGUCUUCGUCUUAGUCUUUCCGCCCCAAUGGAGGCUGAUCCAGGAUUCUACCAGUUGUGGGCUUGUGUCAGGGAUGCACGACGCAUUCUGCGGCGACAGCCUGAUUUGGUCGGGAGUUGGAAACAGUUCAUGCGCAGCUUUGAUGGGGUGUUGUACCAUGGACCAUUCUCUAAGUUGUUGCAGGUCCUUUCGCAGAUAGAAUGGCAUGUUGCAGUUCCGCCGCUGGUUGUAGACCAUGAGGGUUUGACACACAAUCUUCUGUUCAUGCCGAAAUCGCUGUUGCGCCAACGCUUGGAGAGGGCUUGGUUAAGGCACAUAGGACAUGCGCACACUCACAGGGCAACCAUGUGCGACCUGCACGGGGUCGAUCAGGCCCUUGCUCAACUGGAUGUGCAGCGCAUGCACGCAUUGGACCUAUCCCGUCUGCGUGCUCUCCAGUCGGGAUCCUUGUUGUUUGGAGCAGAGCAUGCCAGGCAUGAUACUACGCUGACAGGGUUAUGCUUACAUUGCGGUUGCUCUGAUACCCGUUUCCAUCGGGUGUGUGAGUGCCCAGCAUAUGCAGCAGCUCGUGAGGGGCAAGAGUGGGCCAUCAGCUUUUGGCAUACUUUGCCGACUUGUCUGACCCAUCAUUUGCUACCGCCAAGUAAUGCAGACACAAGUGCCCUGCACGCAUUGUUGCAUGCCAUUGCGGAUCAAACACCGGACACACACGCCAUGCCUUUACAUGUAGGCAGACAACAUAUAUUUACGGACGGUUCGUGCUUCCAGAGCGGUCACCCUGACUUCGCCUUAGCAGCAUGGGGCGCUGUGCUGGCUGACACGGACACAGUCAUUGGAUGUGGUCAAGUUCCGGGCAUUCAGCAGACUGCCCCUCGGGGGGAGUUAUAUGCUGUGAUCUGCGCCCUGAGCUGGGCACUGCGACAUGGCGUUGCAAUCUGCAUUUGGUGUGAUGCUCUACAUGUGGUGCAGGGCAUUGACAAGUUACUGCAUGGCAGCCCUCUUCCGGACGAUCCAGAGAACGAUGAUUUGUGGCGACGAGUGUCGGACAUGGUCAAUAGCUUCGAACACGAUGCUAUUUAUGUCCAACAUGUCCCUUCACAUUUGGAUCUUAGUCGGACCACGUCUGCCUUCGAAGACUGGGUAGCUAUUUGGAAUGCGCGAGCUGACCGGGUAGCUGUUCAGGCUAAUCAGAAUCGGUCAGUCCAUUUCCUGGAAGUAUACCACGCUGCGCUGCGCCGGCAUGAGUUCUUCGCAAAAGCCAUUCGGGCUUUCCGGCAUAUCUAUUUUGCCAUAGCAGAAAUAACGGGCGGACGGCCACUUUGCCAACGAGUAGUGGAUGAUGGUGACGAGACAAUUGAAUUGGCCGGGCAGGCCCCACAGUACUUUCUGAGAUGUGCAUCUAUUCAAGAUCGCCUACCCGUCAACUGGCAUACUCAAGCAGCGGCAGCUACUGGAUUCGUUCCAGCGACAUUCGUGACGGCAUUGAUGAAUGAGCUCAUUCGUUUGGACGAAGCUGAGGUCAUGGCUUGUAAAGACUUGUGUUGCCAGGGUAUUUCGUUGGCGGAUCUUCGGGUCUCUGCGCCUCAAGAUGGUUUGUUGGUGGGGAUCAGUGCCAUUGAUUUGAUGGAGGCUCUUGGUAGCACACUGAGCACCACCGCACUGAACGCCCACGAUGACGUUGUCACCAGGGCACAUGCCAUCCUAUCGAUGGAACGGUUGGCAUAG